AUGUCAACCUCCAGCGAUGAAGCGUCCGAUAAGGAAAUUUGCCGGUUUUGCUGGCAUCGUAUACGAACCGACGAGAAUGGAUUAUGUCCGGCUUGUCGGCAGCCAUACCCUGAGGACCCUGUCAACUUCAAGCCAAUGACCAGCGACGAUGUGCGGAAGCAUAAAGAUGAAAAGCGAAUGAAAAAACAGGCGGAAAAGAUGAAAUUAUCUGAUGCCCGACAAUAUCUGUGUAACUAUCGAGUGUUGCAGAAAAAUCUUGUCUAUGUCGUAGGAUUGUCACCUCGAGUUUCCGAUGCCGAAAUAUUGAAAAAGAACGAAUAUUUUGGUCGUUACGGAAAAAUUCAGAAGAUAGUGACAAGUGAAAAGGCUUCACUUCCAGCGCCACAUCUUCCACCAAGUCAUACGGCCUAUGUGACGUAUAAACGGGUUGAUGAUGCACUUCGAGCCAUUCAAGGUGUACACAACUCAAUGCUGGAUGGUAGGUUAGUGAAGGCGUCACUUGGGACAACCAAAUAUUGUUCUUCGUUCUUGAAUAGUCGGAAGUGUUUCAAACCGGAAUGUAUGUAUUUACACGAAAAUGCUGAACCUGAAAUAAGUUUCACUAAGGAUGAUAUGCAUUUGGGAAAACACACAGAAUAUGAGAGACGAUUAAUCGAAUCAAUGAAUAGCCGGGCACCACCUCCACAAUCAUCACUUGCAUCACAACUUGACAAAAUAUUAGCACCAGCGGCAAAUUCAUCACCGACCAGACGGCCUCCCACGGAAAAUUCCAAUGCUGUUGCAGACGUUGAGCGAUCAGGCUCACCGACACAGAACUCAGUUGAGGAACCAGAGGACGACGCAAAUUCAACAAACACAAGCAAUUCUAUUGAUGAUCCAGCCCCGUCAAAUCCAGCAGAUGAGACAAUAAGCAGUAGAAGGAGUAAUGCAAAUGCCAGAGAACGACAGUGGUCAGAACGAGAUGAAGUUUCUGUUGCACCAAGUAAUACACCUCCGACAGAUCCAGAAGGAAAUGAAAACGAAUUCGAAGAUGACAUAAAUAGAGGCGAUGUAAAUGAGCUCAUGGCAAAACUGGAUGUGAAUGAAGACCGGCUGGACCGGUCGUCAUUCUCAGAAAACGAUUAUAUUCACACCGGAAUUCCUGCACCUGCCAAACAUCAAGAAGCACCAGCACCUCUUAUGGGUUGGGAAGCAUUGCUCGGAAUAUCGACUGCUCAGCCACCUGCUGAUACAAUUGUCGAACCAUCCACCUUGUUUUCUACGUUUAAAAUGGACGCAUUCAACUCUCAAUCUUUAUUUGGCACACAAUCAUCAAACACAAAUUCGUUCAAAAGAGAACCGAGCCCUCCACCAGGUCUUGGCAGGUUCAAUUCAGACGAUGAUCUCGGUUUCGAUCCGUUCACCGAAUCAUCGAAGGGAUUGUCAGCAUUACUGCGAGAAGAGCAGGAGCAGAUCCCACCACCAUCAUCAAAUAAUUCGAUGGAUGUGUUGAAGCAAUUGUUUGGUCAGAUGCCGGAGCAGCGGCAGCCUGCAGUUCAACAGUUCCAACAACACAAUCAUCAACAGUCACAUCACCAUCACCACCCAUUACAACAGCACCAAGAUCACUCGUUCCUUCAUCAGUUACAUGCGCAACAACAACAUCAGCAACAACAGUAUGCAGCAGAUAUGAGCAGGCAACAGGAUUAUAUGUUCAGUAGAAUGAUGUCGCAACAGCAACAACAACAACAGCAGCAGCAACAGCAGCAACAACAACAACAGCAAAGACAAUAUGAACAAGCACAAAACUUUUCACAUCCAUUUGCUAAUAUGCAGCAUCAUUCUCCACAACAACAACAACAGUCCCAAUCGUCACAGCCAUCUAGUCUCCUACAAGAAUUGUUCAAUCGCCAGCAGCAACAGCAACAACAACAUCAUCAGCAGCAACAGCAGCAGCAGGCACAACAACAAGCACAGCAGCAACAGAUGUAUUCAGGACUGAACUCAUACAUGUACAAUGAUAUGAUGCAACAGCGAGUACCUUUUGGAAUGGCACCACCACCAGGUCUUGGAGCUCCAGGUUCAAACAGAUCCUCCUCGAUGCAACAGACGCCUUCCCAUUUGUCACAACAACAAUCACAACAACAGCACCAUCAGCAACAGAGUAUGGGAUUGUUUGGAAUGGGAAACCACAUGCUGCAACAGGAAUCACAACAACCACAGUCAGCACAAGAUGCCUUCAAAGCGUUGUUACCUAACGUGAAUGUCAGAUUUAUGGAUGAUAGCUCGAUGGCUCGUUGGUCGCAUGAGAACAGUCUGCGAUCAGCACAUGUUCCACCACCUCCCGGUUUCUCAUCGGUGUUGAAUCGUUAG